UAAAUAUCUUGACUUCUAACCUAAAACAAACCUUGGGAUAAUUUUUUUUGCAAAGUUUUAUCAUCGAUUCAAAAAUGACCAUGGACUUUGAAAAAUACGCUGGUAGCUCUAGUACAGAAGCUCACCAUCGUGAUAUCCACAUAGCUGGUUCUCUGACUGAUUCAAAGGGGGAAAAACAUACCCUGUUCAUUAAAGAUUCAGACAUUGAACAACCUGAAGAUGACGUCAAAGGUGAAAUAAAGAGAAACUUAAAACCAAGACAUGUGUCUAUGAUUGCUCUUGGUGGUACCAUUGGUACUGGUCUUUUUAUUUCUACUGGUGGUGUCAUUGCCAAUGCCGGUCCUGUUUCAUCUUUAUUUUCAUUUUUAUUCAUCACAACUUUGGCUUUCUCCGUCACUCAAUCCUUAGGAGAAAUGGCCACUUUAAUCCCAGUGUCCGGUUCUUUCCUUCAAUUUGUCACCCGUUGGUGUUCUCCUGCUCUUGGUGCAGCCAAUGGUUGGAACUAUUGGUUCUCUUGGGCUAUUACUUUUGCCUUGGAAUUAUCUAUUGUUGGCCAAGUUAUUCAAUAUUGGACUGAUGCUGUACCACUUGCAGCCUGGAUUUCAAUCUUUUUUGUUUUAUUGACCGUGUUCAACUUUUUCCCUGUUAGAUUCUAUGGUGAGGUUGAAUUCUGGGUCGCUUCCAUCAAGGUCAUUGCUGUUCUUGGCUGGAUCAUUUAUGCCUUCAUUAUGGUUUGUGGUGCAGGUAAAACCGGACCUGUUGGAUUCAGAUAUUGGAGAAAUCCAGGACCUUGGGGACCAGGUAUUUUGGUUAAAGGAAACAAAAACACUGCUCAAUUCUUAGGUUGGUUAUCAUCCUUAAUCAAUGCCGCUUUUACCUUCCAAGGUACUGAAUUGGUCGGUGUCUCUGCUGGUGAAACUGCCAAUCCUAGAAAGAGUGUUCCUUCAGCCAUUAGAAAGGUUUUAUUCAGAAUCUUAAUCUUCUACGUGUUAUGUAUCUUGUUCCUUGGUUUAUUGGUUCCUUAUAAUGAUGACAAGUUAGAAGGUGGUGGUUAUACUAAAACUUCUCCAUUCAUUAUUGCUAUGAACAAUUCCGGUACCAAGAUUUUACCUGAUAUUUUCAAUGCCGUCAUUUUAACUACAAUUAUUUCGGCUGCCAAUUCUAACAUCUACUGUGGAUCACGUAUUCUUUAUGGGUUAGCUCAAUCAGGUGUUGCUCCAAAAUUCUUCACUAUCACCAAUAAAGGUGGUGUUCCUUAUUAUGCAGUUGUGUUUACCUCUGCAUUUGGGGCUUUAGGAUACUUGGCUGUUUCCGACGAAGGUAACAAAGCAUUCGACUGGUUAUUGAACAUUAGUGCUUGUGCUGGUCUUAUUGCUUGGGGUUGGAUCUCAUUCACUCACAUCAGAUUUAUGAACAUUCUUCGUAGCAGAAACAUUUCUCGUGAUUCAUUACCAUUCAAAGCUAAGUUUAUGCCAUGGAGUGCUUACUACGCUACCGUUACUAUUUUCAUCAUUACCUUCGUUCAAGGGUUCCUGGUCUUCUGGGACUUCAAUGCUGCUGGUUUCUUCACCGGUUACGUUUCCCUUAUUUUAUUUGUUGCCUUAUGGAUCUUUUUCCACGUCUUGUUCAACGGUGUUGGUAAGAGUUCAUGGAAAUGGAGAAACGUUUUCAUUCCAUUGGAUGAAUGUGAUAUUGACAGUGGAGUCCGUGAAAUCGAAGAAUUGGAAUAUGAAGAAGAAGAACCAAAGAACCUCUGGCAAAAGUUCUGGGCUGCUGUCGCUUAGAUGCUUCGUUUUAUUACUGUAUUUAUAGUUCGUCUUGUUUUAACACUUUUUUAAUCGUUUAGUUUGGUUUUUUAAUUUAUAAUUGUGAAUUCGAAUUAAUUACGUAGUUAGUAAACAUACCUACGAGGUGCAUCAUUUUGAGUUGGUUGCAAUUUUGCAUUUGCAUGCAUUGUUCCCGGAUGAACCCAAAAAAAUAAUAUUUACAAAACAUUUGAAAACAAUAGUGGAAUUCCAAAUUCUCGCGUAUGGUGAUGUGCGCGCACGUACGCACGCGCUGUUUACAUUACAAUAAACGACAGGGGGGCGAUAACACACAGUUUG